GCCUAGACCCCCCCCCCCUCCAUUCCAACCUAUCCGCCUCCCGUUCCCUGCCUCGCUCUUGCCCCUACCAAUUGCACGCGCGCGCAGCCGCACAUACACAUACAGCCACACCCACCCGUCCACUUGCCUCUCCUCGCACCCGCAAGGAUGUUUUCCUCGGUCCUCGCUACCACUCCGGGCCACCCCCACAGCCAGUCACUGGUUUCGCCGGAGUUUGCGGCUGCGUUGGACCCGAAUGCCACGCCGGAGGCGCGGGACAUCGCCCGGCGGGCGCGCGGCCGCACCCUGCGCCUUCCGACGGAGGAUGCCCGCGUGCGCCGGGCUCUGCGCUUUGCUGGGGAGCCGAUCUGCCUCUUCGGCGAGGAUGCCUAUGACCGGCGCAUGCGCCUGCGAGAGUUCCUCUCGGGCCAGCCGGACCCUCGGAUUAAUGAGGUCCUGGCGGCGGUGGCCGCGCGCUCCGGCGAUCAGGAUAGCUUGGAGGAUGUGGUCACCAUCACCAAGGAAUUCUUCACCGAAGGGUCCGAUCGGUUGAAGGAGGUUCGCACGGCCCUGGUUUCGGUGACCAUGGCCCGUGCUCGCGAGCGUCUGGCUCAGGAAAAGGCCGCCAAGCGCCCGGGCGACAGUGUCCGGGCGUCGGCCUCGCGCUGGCGCGCACAACAGCGCGUGAGCACCAUCUAUGUGGCCGCAUCAUCGGCCGCGGCUCCUCGGCCCCUGAGCGCCUGUGCCUUUAGCCCCUGCUCGCGAGUGAUCGCGGCCACCGGCUUUGGCGGGCACAUCGCUGUCAUGGGCACGAGCGAUUGUGCGCCGGUUUCCACCCGACAGAUCCUGUCGGAAGAUGCCAUGGAUACGGACGAUGCCCCGGUCGAGGGCAUGACCAUCUGGCGAGGGCAUCCGGGUGAGCGCGUUAAUGACCUUGCCUGGCGGCCACUGGCCCAGGGGGAGCACUAUACGUCUGACACCGUGUGUCUGGCCUCGGCCUCUGACGAUGGGACUGUUCGACUGUGGUCGGCUGGCAGUGCCGUCGAAGCGGGCACCCUUGCUGGCCACACGCGCCGAGUGACUCGGGCUUCCUGGCAUCCGAGUCCGGGCGGUGUCGGUGGAUCCCACCUGCUGGCCACCGCCUCUCAUGAUACCUCUUGGCGCCUGUGGGAUGUGAACUAUGCCACAUCGGCCGGUGGCGACGCCGGGGCCGUGACUGGAGCAUCGAUCACGGCCACCGGGAAGGAACUCCUCCUGCAGGAGGGCCAUGCUCUGGAAGUGCAUGAUGUCUCCUGGCAUCCGGAUGGGGCGUUGCUUUGUUCUUCGGGCUUCGAUGCCUGGGCCCGGCUAUGGGAUGUCCGGGCCACCCGUUCGGCGAUCAUGAAUCUGGGAGGCCAUUCCGAUCGCCUCACUUCUGGCCGGUUCAGUUUGAAUGGUGUGCAGUUGGCCACCGCCAGUCUAGAUCACACGAUCCGCGUGUGGGAUCUCCGCCGCCCGGAGGAUCCGAUCAGUCGGGUGCAGCUCCCCCGGCCCGGGACUCCGGGGAUGUCGCAUCUCCGGCGCUUGGACCAUGCGAGCCCCUCACUGAAGUCGGCCACGGUGGCGGCACAUCCGCGUCCUGUGGCUCGCAUUGCCUGGGAGCCUGUUCGCCAUUCAUUCAUUGCUUCGGUCGGACUGGAUGGCUGCCUGGCCCUGUGGGGAGCGCCGGAUUGGAUGGCCCUCCGGGCACCGCCGUCGAGCUCGCUGGCCGAUUCUGGCGGUCUGGCCGGGCUUGGCAUCAAUCUCGGAGAUCAUGAGGGCCCGGUGGCCGGGGUUGAUGUGUCAGCCAAUGCCGAGAUCAUUGCCACUGCCGGGCACGAUCGCAUCCUGAAGCUUUGGCGCUUCCGUGACGACGAGAAGCCCCGCACUGCUGGACGGUAGGCAAAGGGGACCAGGGUGUCCUCCUCUGACUGUCCUCCCUCCCUCUCGUUUUUUUCUUCUUCUUUUUGCCCCGUCCACACCUGUGGUGCCCUGCCCCCCCCCCCCCCCU